AUGGCUAAGUACGAGUGUGACGAUAAAUUCAAGUCCUUUCUUCAAGAACUUCCAAAGUGUGAACAUCACGUUCAUCUUGAAGGUACUCUCGAGCCAUCUUUACUUUUCCAAUUGGCCAAGAGAAAUGGAAUCACCCUUCCUGAAUCUUUCCCACCAUCCCCAGAAGCAUGCAUUGAACGUUACAACAACUUUGCUGACCUUCAAGACUUCUUGGACCACUACUACAUCGGUAUGGGUGUUUUAAUCAAAGAAGAUGACUUCUAUGACUUGGCCAUGGAAUACUUCACAAAGGCUCACAAUGACGGCUGUCAUCACUCCGAAGUUUUCUUUGACCCUCAAGGCCACGUUGAACGUGGAAUUUCCAUUGAUGUGGUUGUUAAGGGUUUCGACAGAGCUUGUAAGGAUGCCACUGCCAAGUUUGGAAACACCAACAAGCUUAUCAUGUGUUUGCUUAGACACUUGCCAUCUGCUGCUGGUUUAGAAACUAUCAAGAGUGCUGCUCCAUACUAUGAAAAUGGUACUAUCCAUGGUUUAGGUCUUGAUUCUGCUGAAAAGCCAUUCCCACCAGAACUUUUCACUGAAUGUUACAAAUAUAUUUCUGAUAACUUUUCCAAUGUUGGCUUAACUGCCCAUGCUGGUGAAGAAGGUGAUUCCACCUAUGUUACUAGAGCCAUUGACCAACUUAAGGUUACUAGAAUUGACCAUGGUGUCAACUCUCAACAUGACCAAGAACUUAUGAAGCAAUUGGCCGACAACAAGACCAUGCUCUCCAUGUGUCCACUUUCUAAUGUUAAACUUCAAGUUGUAAAGGAUGUUUCAGAACUUCCAAUUGACGUUUUCUUCAAUGCCAAUGUCCCAUUCUCUAUCAAUUCCGAUGAUCCAGCUUACUUUGGUGGUUACAUUCUUGAUAACUAUGUUGCAGUCCACACUAGAUUUGGUUUCACUCACGAACAAUGGGCCAUCAUCGCCAAGAAUGGUAUCAAUGGUUCUUGGUGUGACGAAGAAAGAAAGAUUGAGCUUAGAAACAAGGUUGACGAAGUCGUUGCCAAACAUACAUAG